CUGAUCUGUUAUAUUACUCUCUCUCUCUCUCUCUCUCUCUCUCCCUCCCUCCAUAAAUAUUCUCCUCGCACGCAUAAACCCUUUCAUUCAUUCAUUCGUCAAAAUUCCACAUUAAAACAAAUCACUUUCAGAAACAACGUGUCACACAAUUCUCGUUCGAUAAUGGCUUCGCGCGUCACUUCUCCUUCUUAUUUAAACUCUUCACGCUUUCUAUCUCCUUCUAAAUUUUCCAAUACUUCAUUCCAAAUCCAAAACGGUGUCGCUUCCGCCAUGCGAGACAAAACCGUUCUCGUUACUGGCGGUGCCGGUUAUAUCGGUAGUCACACCGUUCUUCAGCUUUUACUCGGUGGUUUUAAAGCUGUUGUUGUUGAUAAUCUUGAUAAUUCCUCUGAAGUUGCUUUACACAGAGUUAAAGAACUCGCCGCUGAAUUCGGGAAUAACCUCAAUUUUCAUAAGGUAGACCUCCGCGACAGGGAUGCGCUAGAGCAAAUUUUUGCUUCCACAAAAUUUGAUGCAGUCAUACAUUUUGCUGGAAUGAAAGCAGUAGGUGAAAGUGUGCAGAAACCGUUACUCUACUAUAACAACAACUUGAUUGGGACAAUCACUCUAUUAGAAGUCAUGGCUGCUCAUGGAUGCAAGAAGCUUGUGUUCUCUUCUUCAGCCACUGUAUAUGGUUGGCCAAAGGAGGUUCCGUGUACAGAAGAGUUUCCUCUGUCAGCAGCAAACCCAUAUGGACGAACCAAGCUUACUAUUGAAGAAAUUUGCCGUGAUGUCCAACAUGCUGAUCCAGAUUGGAAAAUUAUAUUAUUGAGAUAUUUCAAUCCUGUGGGUGCACACCCUAGUGGUUAUAUUGGAGAGGAUCCUCGCGGAAUUCCUAACAAUCUCAUGCCAUUUAUUCAGCAAGUAGCGGUUGGCAGACGACCUGCACUGACAGUUUUUGGAACUGAUUAUAAUACAGUUGAUGGCACUGGGGUUCGGGAUUACAUUCAUGUUGUGGAUUUAGCAGAUGGCCACAUUGCUGCAUUGCUUAAACUAGAAGAAGCUAAUAUAGGCUGUGUGGUUUAUAACUUGGGGACAGGAAAGGGAACAUCAGUUUUGGAGAUGGUCAGAGCUUUUGAACAGGCAUCUGGAAAGCAAAUUCCACUUGUGAAGGCUGGCCGUAGACCUGGCGAUGCUGAAAUUGUUUAUGCAUCAACAAAAAAAGCUGAAAGAGAACUCAAGUGGAAGGCAAAAUAUGGAAUAGAUGAAAUGUGCCGUGAUCAAUGGAACUGGGCCAGCCAAAAUCCUUACGGCUAUGGAUCUCCAGAUUCCUCGGAUUAGCUUCGAUAAUUAUUAAAUACACCAUAGAUGUUGCUAUCUUGGGUUCUUUCUGAACUUUGCUACACACACCAAUCACCAUAGGUCCUGUGAAUUUAUAGUUUUCUCUGAAGUUCUUUUUCUUAUUGCGAUUUUAAGGUGACACAAAGUACUUUUACUAGUGUGAUUUGUAGUUUACCAUACCAUAAUUUACAGGUUAUAUCUAGGCUCCACCUUACAGGUUAUAGGUUAUUGUUAUGUAAGGAUAGGAUUCUCUCGUGUUCCACAUGAACAUGAAGGCUUCCUGUUUUGUAAAUCUAGACUACAUAUUUAUUUUAUUUGUAUACGAAGCAUUAUAUAUUUGAAUUAGUUAUCUACUGUUCGUAUUUUCUGGUCA